UGCCAUGGCAACAUGAUUUGUUCCGCCCCGCUUAGUAUACCCUUUUUCGAUAACAUAACAAAAAGAUGUGGUAGAACCGGUUGAACUACUGUCAUGGAAGGUCUUCCGCUUUUGCCGGGCUAUAAUUUUCGGGAUCCUACAAAAACAAAACAUCACAUUUCUCAUGCCUUUGACUUUAUCAAUGGCUAUCGGAUACCAAAAACCAAUCCAAAUAUUGUUGGGCCUGGCAAAUACCCCAAGGAUGUAGACUCUAUCGCUCACUAUAAUGCUCUUGCAUCUGUCAGGUACGACCCUUCUCUCACAUAUGGACGAGUUCAAAAUUAUCCCUUGAAGCAAUUCAUGCCACACUAUGCACAAUACCGAGGAAAAAGUUUGUGUUUCCGAGCCUAUUUUAAGCAGUCUAUUCAUGAAUCCCCUGAUGAACACUAUAGAGUAAGGAAAGUAAAUAUUGUUUACUUCCUUGAAGACGAUACAAUUUCAGUCAUAGAGCCCUCUGUUAUUAAUGCAGGUUUUGCCCAGGGGAAGCUUGUGAGACGGGGCAAGAUACCAAAAGAUAUUGGAGGCCAAUUUUACCAUUGGAAAGACUUUGAUGUUGGCAUAGAUGUUUCAUUUUACUCCACAGUAUACCACAUAGUUGACACUGAUAUCUUCACGAGAGAGUUCAUGCAAAGCCAUGGUAUUGAUAUGGGUCCCCCAGAAGAAAUGCCUGAGGAUCCCUACAUUCAAAAGCGUUCAGAAAAGUUGCCUGUCACCACAAUGAAAACACCUACUGUGGAUGAUAAACUAAGACGCUUUCUUGAGUAUGAUGGUAAAAUUUUGAGGUUUUAUGCCAUCUGGGAGGACGAUUCUGAGUUAGGAGAGAAGAGAGACUUUGUCAUACGUUACUAUCUUGCUGAUGAUUGUGUUGAAGUUGGUGAAGUACACAGGAAGAAUGAUGGUAGAGAUCCCUUUCCACUCCUGUUGCACAAAACAAAAGUUCCUAAAAACUGGAAAGAGGUUCCCUUAACUUAUCCAUCACUUUACCGAGAGCUAACAGAAGAAGAAGUUGAAGAAUUCUACAGUCCAAAAGAUUUUGCAGUAGGGGAUACAGUAUUUCUCUUUGCUAGAAGGCUUUUUAUAUAUGACUGUGACCCUUUCACUCGCAAUUACUACAGAGAGUGCUUGAAUAUUGAACAAAAACCUAAAAUACAAGUUACUUUUCCAACUCCUACACUUCCACAACAUCCACACCCACCACACACAGGAAUCGGAACAACAGAGGACACAAUUCAGAAUGUUCUACGUGUUAUUCCCAAGGCACCCAAAAAAGAUGUGAUUCGUAUGCUCCACAAUGCAAACAAGAAAUUAAGGUACACUGCUGUCCUAGACAAAGUGCAUCCUGAAGAUGAGCAAAGAUCGUUUGUAUUGAUUUAUUACCUAUCAAAUGGCGAAUUAGAAAUUAUGGAGCCACCCCAAAGAAAUUCUGGCUACACAUUUACUCGUUUCUUACGUCCAACGCACAUUGCAAAGCCAAAUACUAAUCUGGAUGACCCAGAGUUUUAUACUCCAGCAGACUUCUAUAUUGGUGCUAUGAUCACAGUUUUUGAACAUCGCUUCCUGAUAACUGGUGCUGACCUAGCAGUGUACCGCUACAUGCAAGCCAAUCCAAGUAAGUUCCCAGAAAGUACAAUCAACAAUAUACGGAAUCACAUGAUCCAGCAAGGUUUCCUAAAAGAAGAGAUUGAAGACAAAACCAAACUCAAUAUAAAAGCACAAACAAAGGAGUGUCUUGAUGUGGCAUGUUGUGACCCAUGCCUUGAAAAUGUGCCAACAUCUCAAGCCAUGGGAGAUUACAGACCAUUUGGUAUGAAGAAAUUUGAAGAUGAUUGUAUUUCAGUAAGGGAUGUCCCUCAACACUUCAAUUAAUAGGAGAAAAGUACCCAAGUAUAUAUUGAGGUGUUUUUACCAUUUCCGAGUAUUUUUUAAACCUUUUCGAUGAGAAUGUCUUAAAUGGCAAGAUAUAAGAACUCUUUGAAGUACAUUAUGCAAAUUAACCCCUGCAAUUACCUUCUGCUAUUGUUUACAAUAAAGUCAAAUCACCUGUA